AUGCCAACAUCACCACCACAAAUAACUUUAUCCACAUUGACCUACACUGCAUGCUAUUGCGAGGAAAAUGUGUAUUUAUUGUGUCGUAAACUCGUUUGUGAUAAACAUCCAGAAAACGAUAAAGAUUCUCUAGCAUCGAGCGAUUUUAAAAUAUAUGCUGUUUUUAUUUCUAAUAAGAAUGAAACCAUACCGUUAUUUCGACAACGUGCUUCUUUGCAAGAUAAUGGAUUUAUCAUCUGGGAUUAUCACGUAAUUCUGGUAUACACUCAACCAAUGUAUGAUAAAGAAAAGAAAAAAUCGUGGGUAUAUGAUCUAGAUACAACGCUCGAUUUCCCGUGUGACUUUGAGACUUAUGCGCGUGAGGCGUUAAUAGAUGUGAACAAUGAUGAUGAGUCAUUUGAACGGUUGUAUCGAGUAAUACCCGCAGAAACUUUUCUCGAGGUUUUUGCAUCCGAUCGAUCGCAUAUGAUAAAUUCAGAUGACGGAACUUGGAUGUCACCGCCACCAUUAUAUCCUCCUAUUCUCUCAUCAAAAGGUACUCGUAUGAAUCUUCCUCUCUUCAUAGACAUGAUGGAGAACAAGGACUCUAAGGAUUACGGAAAAGUGUUUCAGGAGGGAGAGUUUAUAGAGUAUUUUACAUCAAAGCGGUAA